AUGAAGAAGAUGUCAAGAUCCUGCUGCUGCAAAUUUGGUGUGUUUCUUGCAGCUUCCAUGGUGUUAAUGUCAUCAGUAAAGGUUGAUGGAGACCCUAUAGUCCCUGCCCUUUGCAUCUUUGGGGACUCGGUGGUUGAUGUGGGCAACAAUAACAAAUUGUUGACCUUGAUCAAAGCUGACUUCCCUCCUUAUGGCAGAGACUUUGCUGCCCAUAAACCUACCGGCAGGUUCUGCAAUGGAAAGCUAGCUACUGACUUCAUUGCUGAGUACCUGGGAUUCAGUUCCUACCCACCAGCCUACCUCAGCAAAGAAGCCAAAGGAGUGGACUUGAUCAAUGGUGCAAAUUUUGCCUCAGCUGGAUCUGGUUAUUACGACCAAACAGCACAUCUUUAUGGAGCUUUGUCACUGCCAAAACAGCUGGAAUAUUACAGGGACUGGCAAAGACAAGUUGUGGAUUUUGUGGGACAGGACAAGGCUGACACCAUAAUCUCACAAGGGAUCCAUGUGGUCAGCACAGGGAGCAGUGAUUACAUCCAGAAUUAUUACAUCAACCCUCUUGUCAGAUCUCUGUCUCACGACCAAUUCUCAGACAUUCUGAUCAAAUCCUUCUCCUGCUUCAUCCAGAAUCUCUACAACCUGGGAGCCCGAAGAGUCGGCGUCACGAGCCUCCCGCCCAUUGGCUGCCUGCCUGCAGCCAUUACAAUAUUCGGGCAGGGCAGCGACCAUUGCGUCACACGCCUGAACCAAGAUGCUGUGGCAUUUAACGAGAAACUGCAUGCUGCUUCCCGGCGAGUUAAAGCCGAGCUCCCGGGACUCAAACUGGUCAUUUUCGACGUCUACAACCCUCUCCUCGACAUGAUAUCAGACCCUGCUGACGAUGGAUUUGCAGAAUCAAGAAAAGCUUGUUGUGGGACGGGUUUGAUCGAGACAUCAUUUCUGUGCAAUAAGUUGUCAUUGGGGACAUGUCGGAAUGCCACGGAGUAUGUGUUCUGGGACGGCUUUCAUCCCUCAGAAGCAGCUAACGAGGAACUGGCAAACAAACUGCUGGAACAAGGUUAUCAGCUUAUCUUUAACUAAAUCAGGGCACAGUCUCCAAUGCAUUCC